AUGGCCGGCGACGACAUUGCCAGCCAUUAUCAGGUCUUGGAGGAGCUUGGCCGUGGUAGUUUUGGCGUUGUGUACAAGGGAAUUGAGCGAGCCACGGGCGAGACAGUGGCCAUUAAGCACAUCGACCUCGAGUCCAGCGAGGAUGACAUACAGGAGAUCCAACAGGAGAUAUCGGUGCUUAGCACCUGUGCAAGCCCUUUCGUCACGCAGUACAAGGCAAGCUUCCUGAGGGGCCAUAAACUAUGGAUUGUGAUGGAGUAUCUGGGCGGUGGCUCUUGUCUUGAUCUGCUCAAACCCGGCAAUUUCUCAGAACCACUCAUUGCCAUCAUCUGCAGGGAGCUGCUGCUGGGCCUGGAGUACCUCCAUGCCGAGGGCAAGAUCCAUCGUGAUAUCAAGGCUGCCAAUGUGUUGCUGGCCGAGUCGGGCAAGGUCAAGCUCGCAGACUUUGGUGUUGCCGCCCAGCUCACAAACAUAAAGUCACAACGCAACACCUUCGUCGGAACCCCUUUCUGGAUGGCGCCCGAGGUGAUCCAGCAGGCUGGCUAUGACUUCAAGGCAGACAUCUGGUCCUUGGCCAUCACAGCAAUGGAAAUGGCCAAUGGCGAGCCGCCUCUUGCCAACAUCCACCCGAUGAAGGUUCUAUUCCACAUUCCAAAGAACACACCGCCACGGCUGGAGGGCAACUUCAGCAAAUAUUUCAAAGACUUUGUCGCACGGUGUCUAAACAAGGAGCCAGAGCAGCGACCUACUGCCAAGGAGCUGCUGAGGCACAAAUUCAUCUCGGGGGCUGGCAAGGUAGAAGCGCUGCAGGAGCUGGUAGAGCGCAAGCGGAUCUACGAUGCCAACCAGACCAGGAAGCUGCACCCGGUCUACUACCAGGAGACCCUCCAGAGCCUGUCCACCAAUGACAACACCGAAGAAUGGACCUUCGACACCGUCAGGUCCGUUGCUCAACCACCACCAACACCACCACCAAAGAAGGCCACCUCGAAGAACCGGGACUCGUCCAUCUUCUCCGCAGACGAGGCGAUGCGGAAAUUGGAGCUUAACGAAGGACCUCUUCAAAUGGCUUCCCCAGCACCAAGCACCGUCCGGAGAGGCACAGUGAGGCACAACGCUACCGGGCGCCGGCGACACCAGGACUCAGUCUUCCACGUCGACCCGGACGGCUCGCCGCGGUCGUCAGUGGCCGGCCGACGACCUCUCCAGCCAGACAUGUCCUUCGGCAACACAGGCUCGACGCAGCGCCUAUUCCGCCGCGUAGCCUCGGACGACUCAGACUCAAGCCACCCCAGCGCCUCCUCCCGAACGUCAGACGGCUCCAACGCCGAGAACCGCGAUCCAGAGGCCAAGGCGAACAACAGCCGCGACCUGUCCAGCAAGGAGGCAAUCCUGGGCCACCGUCUCUAUACGAAAGCCAUGGAGCCCGCGCUGGCGGAGCUGCACGCGCAGACGUCGGCGCUCCAGAAGCGCGAGGCCCUCGCCAAGCUGUCUGAGGCCCUCGCGCUGCUCGACUCGGUCGACCCGGAGGGCGGGUACCACCUGAUGCAGGGGCUGGUGUCGGCCGUCGCGCACGACAAGAAGCUGAGCCACGCCUUCCUCCCCAAGGGCCCGGGGAGCAGCGGCGGCAGCCCCGUGGUUGACCCGGCCAAGGUUCCCGAAGGGUACACGCACGGGACGGUCAUCAACAUGAACAAGGCCGCUGCGCCGGGGAGCCCCGCCAAGGUGCUCUUCAGCGCCGCCAACGGGGCCAACGGCAAGGGUGACAAUUUCCAGGCCAAGGCCAACCGCAAGCGGCGUGGCAGCGCGGUGCCGUCCUCCAACUCGUCCGAGCCGCCGUCCACCCCAUCCAGGAACGGUGCCAACGGCGACAACACCAGGUCCGAGGAGAGGCAGCAGGACCUGGAGAAGGCGGCGCUCGAGGCCCGGUUCCCCGGUAGGGAGGCGCAGCCCGGCAUGGAGCACUGCAGGCAGCUGUCGGAGCUGCUGUACGGCCGGUGGGUGCGGAACCUCCAGGGCCGGUGGCCCGGCAUCGCUGCUGAGCCGUGA